UAAUCUGGAGGAGGAGAGUGGCAUUUCUCCAGGAUGGUGGGAGGGAAGAGGAGGAGGCUACAGUUGCUCCCGAAAUCUGUUGCGGUGGGAGGAAAGGGACGAGGAAGCUCUUCUCCGCUUUUUUUUUUUUUUUUUUUUUUUCCAUUCCCUUUCCUUUCCUCCCCGCCCUCCCGCGUGUUCGCCCCUCCCUGAAAGGGCAAUCUCUUCUUCGUGCAUCUCUGGGCUCUCCUCCCACCGUCUCUUCCUUCAUCACAGAGGAAGAAGAUGAACUGAAAAGAUCCACACCAUGGAGUCUCCAAUCUUAGUGACCACAUUCUGUUUGAUCUUCUGUCUCCGAGCAGUUUGGGGAAUUGGAGUUGAUCCCUCCUUGAAAAUCGACUUCUUGACCGAUUUAGAGCUGGGAGAGUCCACAGUAGGAGUGCUCCAGGUCCCUGGGCUGCACAAUGGAAGUAAAGCCUUUCUUUUUCAAGAUACUUCAAGGAGUGUAAAAGCAUCCAUUGCUACUGCUGAACAAUUUUUUCAGAAGUUACGAAAUAAACAUGAAUUCACUAUUUUGGUGACUUUAAAACAAAUCCAGUUAAAUUCAGGUGUUAUCCUAUCUAUUCAUCAUUUAGAUAAAAGAUACCUGGAACUGGAAAGCAGUGGUCAUCGAAAUGAAAUCAGGUUGCAUUACCAUUCAGGCGGUAAACAAACUCAAACAGAAGUGUUUCCUUACAUUCUGGCUGAUGAUAAGUGGCACAGACUCUCCUUAGCCAUUAGUGCCUCACAUUUGAUUUUACAUGUGGAUUGUAAUAAAAUUUAUGAAAGAGUGGUGGAAAAACCAUCCAUGGAUUUGCCUUUAGACACAACAUUUUGGCUAGGACAAAGGAAUAAUGCACAUGGUUACUUUAAGGGAAUAAUGCAAGAUGUGCAAUUACUUGUCAUGCCCCAGGGAUUUAUUACUCAGUGUCCAGAUCUUAAUCGCACAUGUCCAACUUGUAAUGACUUCCAUGGGCUUGUGCAGAAAAUAAUGGAGCUACAAGACAUUUUGGCCAAAACAUCAGCUAAGCUAUCCCAUGCUGAACAGCGGAUGAAUAAAUUGGAUCACUGCUAUUGUGAAAAGACUUGCACUAUGAAGGGUACUACCUACCAAGAAUCCGAAUCUUGGAUAGAUGGCUGUAAGAACUGCACUUGCAUGAAUGGCACCAUCCAAUGUGAAGCACUGGCCUGCUCAUUUCCUGAUUGUCCACCUAAGUCUGCCCUUGCAUAUGUGGAUGGCAAAUGCUGUAAGGAAUGCAAAUCCAUAUGCCACUUUCAAGGAAGAACCUAUUUUGAAGGAGAGAAAAAAACAGUAUAUUCCUCUUCUGGAGUUUGUGUUCUCUAUGAAUGCAAGGAUAAAACAAUGAAGUUUGUGGAAAAUUCAGUCUGCCAGCCCUUGAACUGUCCAGAUUCCCAUCAAAUUACUUUACCUCAUAGCUGCUGCAAGGUUUGCAAAGGUCAUGAUUUUUGCUCUGUGAAACAUAACUGUAUGGAGAAUUCAGUCUGUCAGAAUUUAAAUGACAGGGCAGUAUGUAUUUGUCAAGAUGGUUUUCGGGCCCUUCGAGAGGACAAUGCCUACUGUGAAGACAUUGAUGAAUGUGCUGAAGGACACCAUUAUUGCCGGGAGAAUACUGUGUGUGUCAACACACCAGGUUCUUUCAUGUGCAUUUGCAAAGCAGGAUACCUAAGAAUUGAUGAUUACUCAUGUGCAGAGCAUGAUGAAUGUAUUACAAAUCAGCACAACUGUGACAAAAAUGCACUAUGCUUCAACACUAUUGGAGGGCAUAAUUGUGUCUGUAACCCUGGCUAUACAGGAAAUGGAACCACAUGUAAAGCAUUUUGCAAAAAUGGCUGUAGGAAUGGAGGAACCUGUAUUGCUUCCAAUGUAUGUGCCUGUCCAUCAGGCUUCACAGGACCUAGCUGUGAAACGGACAUUGAUGAAUGCUCAGAUGGCUUUGUACAAUGCGACAACCGUGCUAACUGCAUUAACCUGCCUGGUUGGUAUCACUGUGAAUGCAGAGAUGGUUACCAUGACAAUGGGAUGUUUUCACCAAAUGGAGAGUCAUGUGAAGAUAUAGAUGAAUGUGGUACUGGGCGACACAGCUGUGCCAAUGAUACUAUUUGCUUUAACCUGGAUGGUGGUUAUGAUUGCCGGUGUCCUCAUGGAAAAAACUGCACAGGGGAUUGUAUUCACACUGAAAAAGUCAAACACAAUGGGCAGAUUUGGGUGUUAGAUAAUGAUCGAUGUUCUGUGUGCUCAUGUCAGAAAGGAUUUGUCAUGUGUCGCCGGAUGGUCUGUGACUGUGAGAAUCCCACUGUUGAUCUCUUUUGCUGCCCGGAAUGUGACCUCAGGGUUACCAGUCAAUGUCUCCAUCAGAAUGGGGAAAUCUUAUAUAAUAGUGGUGAUACCUGGGUUCAGAAUUGCCAACAGUGCCGAUGUUUGCAAGGGGAAGUUGAUUGCUGGCCUCUGCCUUGUCCAGACUUAGAGUGUGAAUUCAGCAUGCUUCCAGAGAAUGAGUGUUGUCCACUCUGUGUCACUGAUCCUUGCCAGGCUGAUACCAUACGCAAUAAUAUGAUGAAGACUUGCCUGGAUGAAAUGCAUAUGGUUCGUUUCACUGGAUCUUCUUGGAUUAAACAUGGUACUGAGUGUACUCUCUGCCAAUGCAAGAAUGGUCAUGUCUGUUGUACAGUGGAUCUACAGUGCCUUCAAGAACUAUGAAGUUAACAUCUGUCUCUGAUAUGAGGUUUCUGAUUAAAUAUUUUACUAAAACUCAUAGUUGAAACCAAAACUGGACCAUUUGCAUGUAGUUAACAUGCAGAUGUAUUUUAAGCUUUUAAUUAUAGAAUUUAUAGAGCUUGGAGAAACUACAGAAGGAAAAAUCAGUGGAUUAAGUCAGAAUGCACUUCUGAUUAUUUUGUUUCUGACCUGACUGUAUGGAAAUGAGUAUGGAAUGAGUGAUAUCAAAACCAAUGGAAGCAGACACUAAUCCUAUUUGAUAUCUGAAGGCAACUUUCUUCAUUUGGUGCAGAAAAUUAUAGCUUAUGUUAUCUUUGCAUAUUGCUUGAUGUCCUCACUGUAACUUUUUUAGUCAGUGAAUGAAAAACAUUUUCUACAAGCUAGAUAAAGAACCUAUAAUGUUUUAUGUAUUAUACAUACUCGGAAAAAAUCUGAAACAAGUUAUAGAAAAAUAUAUAGGCAUGGAUGCUUAAUAUUUUCUGAUGGGAAAGUCAUCUCUAUUUGCUUUUUUGUGUACUUAAUAGUACUUGAUUAAAUUCUUGUGCAAAAUUUAAAUAUCUCUUACAUUAUGAUAUUUGUGACUUUUUGAGUACUCUUCCCCUUUAAACGUGAUUAUAUUCCCUGGUUCUUCUAAUUUUACCUAUACUUUUCUCAUAAGUGGAUCAAUCUUCAUUUGUGCUUUCCCAUAAGGCUCUUUGGGGUGUUUUAUUUCCUUGAAAGACCAUGUGGGAAAAUUAAUCAGCAGGGAUUUUAUUAUGUCAUAUGUCAGUUAAAAUCCCUAGAGAAUGUGUCUUCAGGACUUGUCUCUUCUAGCUUUAAAAUUGUAUGAUCCCAUUUAUUUAAGGUGAUGAGAAAGCUUUAUUUGUUACAAGGAACAUGAGCCUUGCUAGGAUGAUGCAACUCUUUACUGGUCCUCUAGCAACUGCUAAGGAACCUUUUCCUCAAAGUGAAGAUCAAAUUUUCAACCUUUCCCCUUUGGAUUUAUCUCCUGUUGCACAGACUUUCUCAUACUUGAACUUCCAACAAGUUAAGAAGGAGAGAAUUCCUUUGUCCUCCUCCCAACAACACAAAAAGCUUAAAGCAAAAUCACUUGGAAGCAUGAAAUGGACUUCUGAGUCUCAGGCUGCCUCUUUUUGCCUUUUCCUAAAUAUAGUUUAGCAGCUAGCAAUUCUAAAAAAUGGAUUUUUCUAGAAUUGGUCAUAAAUUACCUUAUGGAUCAAGAAUUAAAGAAUUUAAGAUUUAGGGAUUUAAAUUUUAAUUUUUGCAACAAAAUGUUUCUCAGGGGACAAAAUGAUCACUGCUAGGAUCAUCCUGUAGCUGUGAAGGACUAAAAUCAACCAUGUCUGUCUUGGCCAGGAGUGCUGAACUUUGUUAGCUGGAUGGUACAGAUGUCAAGUGGAUGGAAAAUAUCAAUUUGACUGUCCCAGAUAUCGUCUUUAUUUUUUGGGGGGGAGCAUAAUGAGGCCAUUUGAGAAGUAUUAUGAUUCUUGUAUCUGUUCAUACAUUAAGUUGUGUUUUAUGCAUUUUUGUAGUGGAGGAAAUAAACCACUACCUUGAUACCCA